AUGGCCUUCCUUCAUCAUACAUUUAUACAAGACUUUCUCUGUCUUUUGAAUUUGUUCUCCCACGCACCCUUCUCUUUCUUCUGUGUGUGUUGUUUGAAUGAUCUUUCCUUCUUCCAACACACAUUAGAGGAGCUUGUUAUGAUGGAUUCCAUGAAACGGGGAACAGAAACAAGAACAGAGGCAAAGCAACAGCAGAAACAAGAAUGUGCGACUACUUUCCUGAAUGAGGGUAUCCUUAUGCUUCUCUCUGGCUGGCAUGCCCUUCAAAUGGCCGUCAACAACCAAUGGGGUGGCUCUGACUCCAUCCAGAAAUCCCACCACCUUGCUUCUCAUCUUUUCUCUUCCUUAUCCAAAUCCUAUGCACCCGUUCCUGUUGAAGAUUUGGAAAAUCUGCUCCAUGAAUGCAUGUUGCUUACAUUUAACACAGAGAUAGAAGAUGGCAGUAUUGAACAGGUAGCAGAACAGUUGGUGGGUAUCCAUGAAGAAUACUUGUUACGACAGUCAUCUCUUCAUAUCUGAAACAGCAUUAUACUCAGUCAUAGGUGGCUAUUCUGUGCUAUAAACGGUAAAUCCUAAGUCUUAUUGCUCAAUUAGUCUCUCUUUCUGGUAAACAAGGGAAAAGUUUAAUAUUUUGCACAAGUUUCUUCAUUUAUUUCCAUGUCUUGGUGUUUGAUCUAUUGCCAUGUUCACUAAAACGGGAAAAUUGACUUUCAAGGUGACAUAUAUAUUACUUUCGUUCAAUUUUGCAAGAGAACAGGUCAUAUGAUUUCUGCACAUUGCAGGAUAUGCUUCUCUGUUGAUAGAUAGCAAUUGUGUCUAGUCAUAGGAUUCUAUCGUGGAAUAGAUAUCAAAGUUGUCGUAUGAGAGAGCAAUGUUUAACCUUAUUGGAAAAAGAACCAUGCAGUAUUUAAGGAAAUUGAAUGGAAUUACUAGAUAAUUUUACUAUGUCAUGCUGCCCAAUUAAGAGGCAAUCAUAGUUAUCUUGGUUUGUGGAAUGGAAUCCAGAUUGUGCAAACUGCCAAUCUUUUCUUGCAAAAUUGCGUGUGGUUGUUUUUGUUUUAAUACUUUAGAGAACUAGAAAGAGAGCAGCUUCAAAGAACUUGUGCAAAGAAGCACAAUUGAUGCUUUAAGAUUGUCAGCGAAUUGAAACCUUUACCAUUAUUUAAUUGGUUACAAAUUCUCUCUCUCCUUUUUUAUUCUUUCAUCUCAUCCAUUUCUCCACCUUUGCCUGUUUCAUUUCAUCCCUUUCCUUGUUGUGUGAAGUCCAACCAAGCAAUACACUCACUUGUGCUUUGCUGUUAACAUCCAUGGCUUCCAAGACCACCUCCAACAUUCCCACCAGGUAAAGCUUUCACCUUAUCCAUUCUUCAUUCUUCAGUUUCAGAUAUAAUAUUCAGUCGCAAACCAUUCUUCACUUUUUCUCACUUUAGUGAAAAUAACAGGAAAGUCUCAAACAUAUUACUUUUUCUUUUAUGCACAUGUAAGAUUUUGUUACUUGAAUGGGAAGAAAUGGAUGGUCACUCUCAUUUGACUAUUCUAUUGCUGAAGUGUUUCUACAACAAGGAGUGUCUUAAAAGGGGAAUGAAUCUCACAUGGUUGAUUUAGACCUUUGAUGCUGAAUUAGUGAAUUGCAGGGACUUAACCCUGCAUUCAGUGUUGAAGUUGGCGAAGGAAAUUUCAUUAGUGAGUGAGGCUUUCAAGGAGGCCAUAGUCAACAUUGAAGUGGAAGAGAAAUUCUUAGCAGAACUUGAGGCAAAGAAGCUUAAGGUUUCUUGUCUCAAAAAAGAUUCAGAGAACAAGAGGAGGACAAAGUAGCUCAGACACACAAUCAAUGGAUGAUCAAAUCAUGCAACUUCAGUUAAAAAGAAGAGAGAUUUGUCGUGCCCUUGAAACCAUCCAUCAUUAGAAAAGUGGAGCUGAAAUCUGCUAAAGCAAUGAUUGCAAACUCAAUUCCAGCAAUUGUUCAACAUGGGAGAGGUUGAAACCAAGCACAAGAAAGGUUCAUCAGUUUAUAAAGGGGUUAACAUUUUAUCAUACUCUUCUAGAGGUUCCCAUCCCGAUGACUACUAUAUUUGAUAUAUGUAAAAGAAUAUGCAAGAGUGAUUACUUUGUUAUCUAUAUCUUUUAUGUAAGAAGUUCUUUCCCUGCAUAAAUUACAGCUACAAAAUACU